AUGUCAGAAGAAGAAAGAGAGCUUUUGGCCCGUAUCGGUCAACUCGCAGGCCAGAUUAAUCGCCACAAGAAUGGGCAAACAGGUCCACGGGCUCCGCCAAACUUGCAUCCUGCCCACCAUCGCCACAAUUCGUAUCGACAUGCAAGCUCGCCAUAUCCGGCUCGCCACAAUAGAAUUGGGCGACCGCCCGCUGCGCAUCAGCACAAAACGCUCCAUUUGAAUGCCGAUAGCUCGAAUGCAUCUCGAUCUGCCAGCAGCGGUGCCGAGACACCACCAGGCUGGGUUUCCAGGAACGAUCGCCACCGUCAGCUCAUCAACGCAAAUGUUUACGAAAGAGAUACGCAGAACCGAGCGAAAGCCAUUGAGCAAACGCACCAGAAUAAGAUUAAUGGAUACCGUCAGCGCGAGAAGACGCAGUUCAACGAAUUCUUGAAAAGUCAAGCCGGCGCCUCAAGCGCGCAGACUAACCCCGCAGGUCAAAACGAGCUCACAGUUCAAGGUGUCCAAUUUCGCGUUAUGGAUGGCGGAAAGAAGCUUGUCAAAAUUCCUGGUAUGUGCAAAGUCCCAGAUGGUGUCGAACUUUGUACCUUACCAGUCGCAGAUGCUCCCAACUCAUCAUCCUCUCGAACUCCCAAGACUGCCACUGUCGCUGGAGUCAGGUUUUACCGGACAAAGACAGGCAACCUAGUGGCCAGUCGCAUUGUUAACGACCAGCGGCGAUCGGGCGCGGUCAAGAAGAUUGAUCAACUUUGUAAAAUCUUCUCAACGACUGGUUCAUGCACAAAAGGCCCUCGGUGCCGCUACAUUCAUGACCCCAGCAAGGUUGCUCUCUGUAAGAAUAUCCUGAAAGACGGACAAUGUGUUAACGGCGAGCUCUGUGAUCUUUCCCAUGACAUGACUCCCGAGCGCACCCCCAACUGCUUGCAUUUCGCCAAAGGCCAUUGUGCCAAGGAUGAUUGUCCUUAUACCCACUCCAGAGCGCCCCCGGCUGCUCUAGUAUGCCGAAGCUUUGGCUUCAACGGCUACUGCGAGAAAGGGGCAGGUUGUACUGAGCGUCACGUUUUUGAGUGUCCUGACUUUAGCAAUACCGGCCGAUGUAAAAUCAAGGGAUGUAAACUCCCGCAUCGUGAGAGGGCAAGCGUCCUUCGAAACAGAACCAACGCCGACGGCGAGCCUCUUGGAGAUGUUUCCAGUGAUGACGAAGCUGCAGAUUCUGAUGAUGUUGAUUCAGAUGAAGUUGCCGAGUUCAUCGACGCAGAUUCGGAUCUUUCCGACUUUGAAGAACAGAAGGAUUUCCUAUCGAUCUAG